AUGGCGAGAUCAACGAUUGUCCAGGAAUACGCCCCUCCGCCUGUGGCCCAAACGACCCUAACAACGGACCGCAAGACUGCGCAUGAAAUAGAAAAUGAAGGCUUCAAGCGCCCAAAGGGAUACACAGUGUCAUGGCAUGCAAAUCCUUUGGUCGAGCCGCAUCAUUUUGGCUCGUCGCAUCCCAUGAAACCAUGGCGACUGACCUUGACCAAACAAAUUGUCAUGGCCUAUGGCAUGCACCAUGCCAUGGACCUGUACAAGACGCGCCAGGCCACCUAUGAAGAGAUGGCUGAAUUCCACAGCUCAGAAUACCUCGAUUUCCUCCAAUCGGUCAUCCCAGCAGACAUGGACGACACGGCGCUCAGCGAUCGCAUCUCCAGCUUCAACAUUGGCGACGACUGUCCCGUCUUCGACGGCCUUUUCAACUACUGCUCACACUAUGCCGGCGGCACUCUUGACGCCGCACGCAAGCUCUGCAACAACCAAUCCGCGAUUGCCAUCAACUGGUCCGGCGGCCUCCACCACGCCAAGAAAUCCGAAGCCAGCGGCUUCUGCUACAUCAACGACAUCGUCCUGGGCAUCCUGCAACUCCUCCGCCUGUACCCGCGCGUAAUGUACAUAGACAUAGACGUUCACCACGGCGACGGUGUCGAGCAGGCGUUCUGGUCCACAGACCGCGUCCUCACCGUCUCCUUCCACAAGUACGACAAGACAAACUUCUUCCCCGGCACGGGGGGGCUGGAUGACACGGGUCCGCCAAACCCACUCAACCCAGGCGCGCACCAUGCUCUCAACGUUCCCCUGCAUGACGGCAUAGAAGACGGCGACUACGUCUCCCUCUUCCAAUCCAUCAUCGGCCCCUGCAUCCGCACCUACCAACCCGGCGCCAUCGUCCUGCAGUGCGGCGCGGACAGCCUGGGAUGUGACAGACUAGGCUGCUUCAACCUCAACAUCCGCGCGCAUGGCGCCUGCGUCGCAUACACGAAGACAUUCGGCCUACCAACCCUCGUCUUGGGUGGGGGCGGGUACACACCGCGCAACGUCUCGCGACUCUGGGCCUACGAAACAGCAAUCUGCAUCGACGCCGCGUCCCAGCUAAACCCCAAGCUGCCGGAUUGCCUCCCCUUCCGCAACCAUUUCAAGCCCGACUGUACGCUCUUCCCGCCGUUGUCGGACAUGCGCAGGCUGGAGAAUCGCAACACCAAAGCAUAUCUGGAGAUCGUGACGCAGACGGUGCUGGAGCAACUGCGGUAUCUCAAGGGCGCGCCGAGUGUGCAGAUGCGCCAUAUUCCGCCGGAUAUCAUGGGAUUACGGGAAGAUGUUGAGAAGGAGAUUGAGGAGGAGAAGGAAAGGCUGGAGGAGGAGAAGGAGGAGAGGGAAGGGGCGGGGAGCAGUGGGGGGAAAUGCAGUAAGAGGAAGGGUUUGGAGAAGGGUUUGGGGAUUAGCGGGGAGUUGUAUGCCUGA